ACUAUUCAUUAUAUAAAUUUUAUGGAUAACAGCUGCAGACUUAGGAAAUAAAAUCUCAAGUAGCUGUUGAGGAUCCUACAUAAACAGUAGUUAGAUUAUUCAAGAAUUCAGAACUUAAGCGAUCUUUGAUGCAGACGUCAUAGAGAUUAAUCUACGUCAGAAAAUAUGUUGCGUCAAUCAAUGCAUUUGAAAUUGACGUUUGUUUUGGUACUAUACAUAAGAUUACUCUUUGAGGUUGGUGCUUUUACAGACAUUUGCUCCCAAUGCAGGUGUGGGUUUACACUUGUAAAUUGUCAAAAAAAUAGAUUCAAUUCUCUCCCUAAUGCAACCAUUAUGAGAGUAUUUAAGUAUUUAGAGCUGGGUGAAAAUAAUAUCACGAAUAUUGAUAUAGGAAUCAUGCAAACGUUUAACCAUUUAAAGAGAUUAAAUCUAAGUUAUAAUAAAAUCCAGACUCUUAAAAAGGGCUUCUUCCAGGGGCUUACCGUUUUAGAGGAAUUAAAUUUAGGACAUAAUGAAAUCACUACUAUUGAAGAAGGAAGUUUUGAGAAUCUUUUCCGGUUAAAAAAGUUGUAUCUCAACGGAAACGCAUUGCAGUACAUAUCUUCAAGAAUAUUUCAGUAUCUGCUAUCUUUGACGGUUAUAAAUUUGAGCCGAAAUCAAAUACAAAAAAUUGAAGAUGGCACUUUCUUAUUCCUCCCCAAAAUAACUGAGAUUGACCUCACUCGUAAUAUCGGGAUGGAGUGUGGAUGUCACCUACCGGUAUUGGUAAACUAUACAGAGAAAGCAUUCAACAGACGUCUGGUAGUUUUAGGAGCGUGUAAUACAAGUGUGGAAAAUAGUCGAGAAGGAUUCAGGUUUUGGAAGAUAUUGAAAUAUUCGCAAUGUCAAAACUACUCCUUAUUUCAACGGGGUUUGCAGUGCCAAUCAUGUGAGGGGACCAUAUGCAAUGAUUCGGACGUGACAAUCUGUUCAGGAAAUGAGUCUGUAUGUAUGACGAAUGUGUCAACAACUGGUUUUACACGGAAGGUUGUAAGAUCCUGUCGUGCAUAUAACGAAUGUAUGGGAACCAUGGCAAACAAGUUCAAAACGUGCCGAGUAUGGGUUGGGAACAUAGAUUGCGCUUCUUGUUGCUCCGGAAAUUCAUGCAACAAGCAUCUCUUUGUUGCAUUCUCUGCCUAA